CUCUAGUACAAGGAAAUGGAGCAAUGCAAAGCAUAAAAAUACUGAUUUGUAAACAAGGCAGCGGAAGAGCGCGAACGUGUGCAGCCAUUCUAACAGUACGUGGCGUUUGCAUUGUAGACUUUAACGAUAGCAGGGAAAGCACAAAGACACAUUGACAGCUACUUCAUUGUAUCAGAAGAACUUAACGUUAACCGAUGGAACUGUCGGCAAUCGGCGAGCAAGUGUUCGCUGUGGAAUCAAUCACAAAGAAAAGAGUUAGAAAGGGUCACGUGGAGUAUUUACUGAAGUGGAAGGGGUGGCCUCCAAAAUACAGCACAUGGGAGCCAGAGGAGCACAUCCUUGACCCUCGACUGGUUUUGGCGUAUGAGGAAAAAGAACAGAAAGAGAGAUCAGUGGUGUGGCGAAAGAAAGGUCGAAAACCUAAAAGACUCCACGAGCAGAGGAGCAUUUACACGAUGGAUCUCCGCAGCACACACAGACACGCGGACCAGUCUUCAGCUCAUCUGCCACUCUCGCUAGACCCCAGGUUUCAGUCCACUGGGUCUUGUAUAUUUCGACAGCUGAACCACCACAAGAAAAAGAAGAAAGCAUCCAGAGAGACGUCCGAGGAAGAGUGGGACAGAAGGGAAGAAGAGGACAACGAUGAUGAUGAUGAUGAUGAUGAAGGGGUUAUGGAGGAGGGUGAAGAUGAGGAAACGAGACUAGGAGGAACUAAAACUGGCAGCAACACUUUAAACAAGCACGUGAGGAGAGGAGACUGGAGUCCGACCACUGAAUCAGAGGUAAUGAGUUUACCUGAAGACUGGAGUCCAGUGAUGGGCCCGGAGGAGGUGAUGGUGACGGACAUCACCAUCAACUCACUGACUGUGACUUUCAGAGAGGCUUUGGUUGCGAGAGGCUUCUUCAGCAGCUGGGAAAUGGAGAUCUGAGCGCACAGAGACUUGAGGAUGUGGAGAGCAAGUUGACAAGACGUUUGGUACAUCCUAUUUUUUGUAUUGUUAAUUAUGUCGCUCGCACAACUGCCAUGUUCAGUGUUCUAGACUACAUUUAUUUGCACUAUUAGUACUAAUCAAGGUAAACCUUCCUAAACGGGAUUGUGAUUGAAGUCAGUCAUAGUAACGGUAUCAUUUCAUACCAUUUAAUGGGAUUUUCUUGAAACAAGCAGUAUUCUGAUAGUGGUUUUUACUGCAUUUUGGUAGUUUACCAAAUUAUCUACCAAGAUCAUAUAUAUACUC